AUGAUCGCAAUCUUCCAGAAUGGAAUAGAAGCGAAUGGAACGGAUGUGCCAUAUCAUGUAGCUCUCGAGUAUCUGCCAGUAAUGGCACGAGAAACCUUGGACUGCCAGGAAGUAUUUACAGCAGGUGAAAGAACGUUUGGCUUCUUUACAACACUGCAGACGUACAUCGCCGUUGCUUGGAAGCAUUCAAAAGAUGAAUUGAAAACUGGAAUUGGAAAAGGAUUGCGCCAUCAAAUGCGGCAAAGUCUUGUUGAGGAACCUCAGCUCUGCGACAGUCCUAAGGGCCAUUUUACCCAGCUUGCCCUUGCUCUCAAAACGACCGUUCAUGUGGCACUACUCGGUGGGCAAAUGUGCAAAAAGGACACGCCUGGUGCAACUUGUUCCAAUGCCAUCUUGGAGCACAUUUUGCCAACUUUCAGUGCUCUCCGUGGCGAGACUUGGGAAGAGGUCUGA